CUUCGACAUGUUUGGGCAAGCCUAUGACGUCAUGAUCCAAUAUGGCGGCAUAUAAAUACUCAAAAUGCUAACUAACGCGUUUUAUUUUCGAGAUUUCCAUGCUUCGUAUAGUUACGAUCUCUCAGUUUCGUUACCAUUUCAAAACUAGAACCCUUCUAAAAUAUCCUUAUUACAUUUUUAUGAUGGGAGAGCCCCAGUUUUUCGCCGAAUACGCGAAACUAGGUCGGGCGAAAUGUAAAAAUUGCAAGGAGAAAAUCGAUAAAAGUUGCUUAAGAAUCGGUAGGCUCGUACCGAACCAUUUCAGUGAUGAUGGAGGCACGAUGAAGGAAUGGUAUCAUACAAGAUGUAUAUUUGAUAAGUUCAGCAGAGCGCGGAGUACGACAAAACGAAUCGAUUCCACAGAUGAGUUGGAUGGUUUUACCACUUUAGAAGAGGAAGACCAAAAAUCGAUCGAAAAAUUUAUUGCUGGUAUGGCCUGAUUGCUUUUGUAUUUUGCUUCUACAUACAAUCUAGGAUUCUAGUCACUAGUUCUACAAAAAUAGUACGAAUUAAGAUCCUCUGUAAUAUUUAAAUAUGCUAUAAAAUAGCGGCGAGAUACUAUAUGUAGCUACUAAUACGCGCUCGUAUUUCCUAGUUCUAUUUUGAUGGCUUUAUUUAUCUUUGAUAAAAUUGAUAUACACGAAAAAUAUCAAGGAUCGCUGACGCUGUUUUGCAGAGCGCCGGGCAUAGACAAAUCUAGUGACUACAUUAAUUGUAUCCAAUGUUUAUAUCAUAUAUGUAAAUUAUUUUACUAUAUAUCAAACACAAUUUAACGAACUGCAAUUAUGUACGUAUAAUAUAGAAUUGGAUGAAUCGAAAAAGCAAAGUCCGGGGUCCAAAAAGAAGAAACAGUCUCAGUUAUCAUUUGCACAGAAACCUGGUACCUCAAGCCAAAGUAAUGUCAAGAAUAUUUCUAUAUCUAGAAGUAGAAACUUUAGUGACUUUAGUAUCUCAAAAGAAAAGGGAUUAUCCAAUCCGAUGCAUAAUACUAUCAUCUAGCUUCUUUCCAUUUGUUCAGAAGACGACAAGCAGCAAGCUGGAACAAGCAAAGAGAAGAAAACUCCUGACAAAAAUACAUCGAUUGCAACAACAUCUUUUUACAGUUUUUGUCAACUGUGCGCUGAGUUGUUUAAUGAACCCAGCUAUAAUGCCAAAACCGCCAUUGUGAAAAAGUUUUUAAAUAAAGGUUGUUAUUAUCUAAGUGUUUAAAUGAAUCAUGGCUAGAAGAUACGGAGAUAUAAAUAUAUUCUACUUCAUUACUAAUUUAUAUAUCACGUUGAAAUACGACUUCAACUGUAAACAGUCAAUUAUAUUACGCGAUGUUGUAAAUCGAAAAAUGUGAGAAUAAGGUAGGUCGUUCACAACUUCUGCACUCGCUGGAAGCAAAACAGAGUCUGUCGAAGCAUUUAUUGUAAUAUUGACCUGGUUUAGGUCGCUAUUCAUCUUGCAUAGUUAUAUACAUGAACUUGUGGUUACAGCUAGUCACUCUGACUCUGUAGCUCAGUUGGUCAGAGCGCUGCACCGGACUCGCACGGGCCGCGGGUUCGAUUCCCGCCCGAAGGCCUAAAGUUACAUUUUUCACAACUGUUCUUGAUUAGAUCUAAAAUUGUAUGAAAUUCACACUAGAAAUUUCCAAGUUCGGUAUUUUUAUAUAGAGCGGAUUUGGAGUUAUAGACAAAUAUAGCUAUAACCUGCUUUGUACAAAGAUAGAAAAAACAGGAUGGGUGGAACCUUAGACCAAACGAUUAAUACACAGUUAAAUACCUCGACCAACUUUGUUCCUGCGAGUGCGGAAGUUGCAAACGACCUUCCUUAUUCUCACAAUUUUUGGAUUUACAACAUCGCGUAACACAAUUUACUGUUUACAUUUGAAGUCGUAUUUCAACGCGAUAUGUGAAAUUAGCAAGGAAGUACAAUGUAUUAUGUGCGUAAUACUUGGCCAUGAGUCGGUGAAUUUACUUGAGUUCCCUUCAAUGGUGACUUAUACCGGAAUCAUUUGCUCCUGCCCACUAUUUCGUUCAGAUAUUCAAUACACGCGUAUAGGAUAUGCAUUAUCCUUUCUCACCUUCUGUUCCACAGUUUACAUCUAUCACAAACGGCGUUCUUCUCAGGCAGCUAGUACGGUAUUGCGUCUUUGACGUUAUUUAAAAUCUCCUUUUUGUAUUUACGUUCACCGGCCUUUUUUUCCGAUAGUCGAUCGUCCUUCUAUAAUUAUUUUUAGAAGGCAAUCGUGAUUCAUAACAUGUCCUGACCAUCUCGCUUGUUGCCCUUUAAUAGUUUUUUUUUCAAUUAUAGCUAGUUCGAAAGCUCUAGUAUUCUCCUAAAAUGCUUAAUCUUUUUCAACUCUCAGUCAGAGAUGGCGAGCAAGACGUUUACCUCGCUGUAAAGUUGUUGCUUCCUGGAGCUGUCAAAAGAAUUUAUAACUUGCAAAACAAACAACUUGUCAAGUUAUUCAGUCAGGUAAACAACCAUUAUGAACUAUGUUAAAUUUUAUGAAAGGUUGUAUGUGCAUUAAAUUGACGAUCGCUGAAUAAUGGCGUCUCUUUACUCUUUAGAUAUUUGAUUGCAGUUUGGAAGAAAUGAUUUCUGACUUAGACCAGGUUCGCCACAGCUUUCAAAACUUCAAUAUUUUAUUUCAAACUAUUCUUUUUCUAAACGUUUCCAUAACUGGCUUUUCUGUAAUUUGACUUUAAUAGCUUUUCUCGGCUUCAUUCCCUUGUUUUAUUUUCAUUAAUUAAACACUGAUAUUUUUCAGUAGUAUAUUUCAAUUCCAAACAUUUUUUUGCAAGGGUGAUGUUUCUGAAACAGUCAAAACGUUUUUUGAAGACAGCCACGACAAAACUCCGUCAAAGAAGAGCACUUUAACACUCCAAGAGGUUUGAAUAUUUUUCUGAAAUCAGCUUAACAUGCUAUUCCUUAUGUCCACGUAUUAUCUUUGUAAUACGAACUAUUUAUUCUUUCAAGGUUGAUCAUUUUCUUGACAAAAUGUCAACUUUAACGAAAGAAGAUGAACAGCAAAAUGAAUUAUCUAAAAUUACAAGAAAGUAAGAUGAGAAUUAAUAAAGAUUAAAGUAACAUGCAAAAAGACACGAAAAACAUGGUUAUUAUGUUUAUGUAAACCUAGUCUAUUUUAUCUCAGAAUAGAUUUUUUUUCCAUUCCAGAUGCACAUCAAACGAUCUGAAGUACAUAGUUCGUUUGAUUAAACAUGACUUGAAAAUCAACGCCGGAGCAAAACAUGUGUAAGCAUGUAUAUCAUCAUUAUUAAUCUUGUCCAAUCUUCCUGACUUUUGUUUUCCAUAACUUAUGAGUUUUCUUCAUAUAUCUUUGUUAUUUCAAUAUCUUCCUCAAUUAGAUUGAUAUAAGUCCUUGCAGGUCUCGUUUUCCUCCUUUAAUGAUGCAUGACUCCCAAAGAAUCAGCUGACGUUUCAUGUAAAAAAUAAUAUUAUCUCAUACGAUACAGACUUGAGGCUCUCGAUCCAAAUGCAUAUGCAGCCUUCCACGCAUCUCACAAUCUUCAAGAUGUCGUUGAACGUUGUUUGAAGAAGAGUGAAGAUGUUCCAGGCUUGACAAGAACAUUGAGUAUUAAAACGAGAGUGAUGACGCCUGUUAAACCCAUGUUGGCCGAAGCAUGCAAAUCGUUCGCUUCUGCCAUUAAGAAAUGUCCAAAGGGGAUGUUUGCCGAAAUAAAAUACGACGGUGAACGAGUACAGGUACGAAACACUCUAUGCAGUAUGAUUACGUACUGUAUUGAAGUUCCAUGUACGAUUUUUUCACAAGUACACCGUACAUGAUUUAGUGAAUAACCUUUCAUUUUUCUUGUAGCUCCAUAAAAGUGGAAAUGACUUUCAGUUUUUCAGCAGAAGCUUAAAACCUGUUAUUCCGCACAAGGUAUCAACUUCACUUUGCUGCAGAUACGUCUAAAAGUAAUUGAAAAGAUAAAGAAAAUUUUAGCGUUUAUACUUGACCAACAAAGAGACGUCCAUCCAGCCAGUUGACUAUUGAUCCUUCCAAUGCAAUCGCCAUCUGUGAAGAUAAUAUAUUAUAUUUGUUUCUUUGACUUUCCAGGUUGCUGAAAUCAAAGAAUAUCUACCCAAAGCUUGUCCCCAUGGAAACGAUUUAAUACUUGAUAGUGAAGUAAGUGCUUUGCACACGCGCAGUUUCUUCCCUCUAGUUCCUUUAAACUAUAUACGAUAAAAUUUCAUAUAGGUUCUUCUCGUCGAUCAUAAAACUGGAAAACCUUUGCCUUUCGGUACACUAGGAAUUCACAAGGUUAGUUCGAAGGUUAUUUUUGAAUUCAAAAUAUAAGUUCUAAAAGACAAGGUGAUAUACCAUGCGGGGUUUUUUUGCGUUUUAUUGUAGAAAUCAGCGUUCAAAGAGGCGAGUGUUUGUCUCUUUAUCUUCGACUGUCUUCAAUUCAAUGACGAAAAUCUCAUGCAAAAGUGAGUUUCAAAAAUAUUUUCCAUAUCCCAUCGACUACGUUCAUUUAACUUGCUGAAGGAAAUUCGUGCGUUAUUUUUUGCUCAUUUUCAAUAUAUAAUAAUUUGAUUUCAACAUUUACUAUCCUCGUAGACCAAUGGAGGAAAGAAGAAAACUUCUUGAACGAAAUGUCAAAGAAAUUAAAAACCAUAUCAUGCUGUCAGAAACAAAAUUUAUUCAAGUAAUAUAGCUUUUAUAUAUUUUUAUUUACGCAUUCAUGAAUGAUAAGUAUUGUCAUAGCCAACUUAUGCUAUUUUUAAAGAGUUUUUUUGUGGUGUUUUUUUUUACAGACUCCCACAGCAUUGUCUGAUCUGAUGAUGAAAGCCAUUGACGAAGGAUUGGAAGGUCUCGUUUUAAAAGAUUUGAAGGUAUACGUUUUAUUAUAAUAAAAGCCUUUUCUAGAGUGGAUUACUGUUUAAAUACAGAAGGUACAAGAAUACCUUAAGUUAUUGUACGAAGCAAAAACGGAACACUAUUUCAAGAAUUCGAUGAAUUGUUUCCUGUCAUUCUCUACAGGGUGUUUACGAGCCUGGGAAACGUCAUUGGCUGAAGGUAAUUUGUAUUUAAAAUUAAGCUUUCCAUAAAAAUCUGCUACGUACGUGUGUUAAACAACUUAAACAUUUAUGCAUAUUUAUUCUGCGUAGAUGAAGAAAGAUUAUUUGGAAGAGGGUUCCAUGGCAGACACCGCUGAUUUGGUUGUUCUAGGCGCAUAUUAUGGAACUGGAAAUAAAGGUAUAUAAUAUAUAACAUUUGUUCCGCACAGCCUCCAGUGAAGAAAAAUGAUUCCCCACAAUCAGAAUUUUUUACAAAGGGCUAUAUGCAAUAUCCACCUUGCUCAAUAAUUAAAUGACAAAUUACAUCAACUUUCCCCAGGUGGUAUGAUGUCAGUGUUCCUGAUGGGAACAUACAAUGAGAAACUAGCUUCAACUGUUAUAUAUCUGUAUUUUGUCUUGGCUAAUAUAGCCUUUUCCAAAAUUUUUGAAAAAACCUGUCUUAAUUUUUUAUACCAAUUUAUUUUGUAGAAACUUGUCGCUGCGUCCAAAGAAACCUCAGGUAAUUUGAUGAAAGAUUUAAAAUUUAUAAGUUAGUCAGUAAUAAGUCAACGCAAUGAGGAAAACUAUCUUAUGCAUGAAUAACUUUUUGACAUAGAGAUGAAGUCGAACCCAUCAACAAGUACGGCGAAAGAUGAUGACGUAAUGGAUACAGCGGAUAAGCCUGCGACAGAAGUUGUGGGUGGUGAUAAGGGAAGUCGAGGACAAAAGAGGAAAAGUGAGGAUGCAGGCAGUGAAGAGACAUCAAGUAAAAAGGUAUGAUAUUAUAUAAAGGUCUAGUAAACCAUAACCGGACUGCCUGUUUUCAAUACGGUCAUGCUGUCAACAAAUCUUUAUUUUUUCAAGGCAAAACCAAUGUGCAUGUAUGGCUCGAAAUGUUACCAGAAAAGUCGCAAGCACAGAGAGGUGUACUGCCAUGAUGAAAAGGAGACCACUGCUGAACACGCGGAGGAUAGUGAUACAGUGAGUUAUGAACUGGGGUUCUUGAUGGGUUAACUUACUACUAAUAUUUUCCCUAUCUUAACUGAUAGCUGACGACACUGAAACAACAAUCUAGAACCAACAUCGUAGUGACAAAAUAUCACUGACACGGCUCGAAAUUAUUUCAAUUUUACAAGUGAUGUAAUACGUCCAACCAUUUUUUCCCCUAGACCUUACCAUCUAUAUUUACUGGAACGAAAAUCAUAAUUGGUGAUGAUAUUGAAGAUAGCAAGAAAUUAAGAAGAUAUAUCAUUGCGUAUCCUUUCUCUACUACCUCGCUUAAUACAUUGUCUGUUAGGUUAGAUUACCUUUGUCUGCAACAAGAGUACUGAUUCCGUUCAGGUCUUGAGACUUGGGUAACGGAAACAAUAGCGUAAAAUCAGAGAUUCUGUAGUUUUAGUCUUAACUAAAUAAUCAGAUACGAUGGUUUGAUAAUUCCUGAAUACCAAAGGAAUAAAGCCACUCAUGUGGUUUCUGCUAAGGUAUAAGCUAUCUUUUAAUUUGUGUUUGUUUGUCUCCACUAAUGAGCUCAAGAGAUAUAGAAUCAGAUUCCUAAUCCUUGCCCUAAUCCCGUUCUUUUAAUAUUAGAGAGAUUCAGAUUUGACUACCACUACCAUUAAAAGACCAGUAACCGUUCAGAUGCGUUUGAUAUUUCCGAACAACCAAUCAGAUGCGUUUGAUAUAUCAGAUUAACCAAUCAGAUGCGUACUUAGUGAGAGGGAGUGGAAGUCAAAUCUGAACCUCUCUAAUAAUUGAAAAAAAAAACGUAAACAUAUAGUUGUUUUACUUGUGUUUACUUCAAAACUGUAACAUUUCUGAAAUUUGUGGGACAGACUAAUUACUAUUCAAUUUCUUUCCAUAGGCCGACGCAAUGGAUUCCUCUCAGUUUCUGGUCAAACCAGCUUGGGUAUGGGAGUCGAUCAAAGCAAUUCAAAUGUUACCUGAAGGAGAUUUUGAGCCAUAGAUACUGGACUCGUUCUCGUGAAAAUUAAUAAUCUUAAUAUAAUUAUUUAUUGCGAGGAUACUAAUGAGUGAAGACAAGUAAUUAUGCAUGAUCACUAAUACUAAUAACAGACUAUGUAACAAUAGCGCGCGAAACUUAAUUAAUAAUAAAAUAAUUGCACUAUAGUGAGUAAUAGUUUAGAAUAUUAGUGUAGCUAAAUUGCAAACUGAUAUUGACAAUAAUAAUACAUGUGUGUAAAUGGUUGGGGGUGUAAGAUUUAACAAAUAUAAAACAUUUUCCGUGUUGAUAUACAGUUAUAUCAACACGAGUGGAAAUUGGGAAAACGAGAAAUUGUGUGGAAACACGACGCCCGAAGGGCGGAGUGUUUUCACACAAUUUCGAGUUUUCGCAACUUCCACGAGUGUUGAUAUAACUAUAUAUCAAUACAGAAAAAAUGUUUUAUAUUUGUUUUAUAAUAUAGCAAUGUCAAAAGCCCGAAGAAUAAGAACAAUUUCCGUGUUACAAGCGGCGGAAAAUUUCCCGUGUUGACAUGGAGUUAUAUCAACACGGCUCUUAGCCAAUCAGCGUUCAGAAUUUACAAAUGCUAUAUUAUAAAUUCUGAUACUGUACUGAUCAACACAAUUGUAAUAAUAUAAAAAAAAUUGUCAAAAACUUUGAAUGUAAACAAUUAGCAAGAAACAUUUAAAUAAAUAUUUCAAAAAAAACGUACCAAAAACUUUAAUAUUUUAUACCAUACAUUUAAAAAAAUAAAAUAACAUAUUCAUGUUGCAAUUCUAAGCCUAUAUAAUAAUGUCGUUACUAUCAAAUAAAUUUCCCCAUUUUGAAAUUUUGAAACAAAGUUUUUCUAAUUCUUGAUGUCGUUCAAUGGCACGAGCCAGCACACUCGCACGGACAAUCCGCUUUUGUUAUACUCGUGGCUAUGCCACACACGCAGUCCGUGUGACCGCAUGCGCAUUUCCUGCGCGCCGUCUUUGUUACUUCAACCACAGGUUUACCUUUGGAAUAAUUUUCAAUUGCAGUUGCAAUCUGAAAAACAAAAUUAAGAAUACAGGACAUGGUGAAUAACCUUUCUUU